AGAGCCGUAAAUCCUCCCCAGCCCCCAACAACGCACGUUACAAACCAGCAGCCACCCCUAAUGCAGCCGGCCCCCUCCUAAGGGAUCAUGGGCCUUGAAGUCCUUUGCUGGCCACACCCUCGUUUUCUGUCAUAGGAGUGAGAACUACGCCUCCCAGGAUGCCGCGGUGAGGCCGCCGUCACGGACGCCCUCUUCCCCGCCCUCCUUGCGCGCAGCCUUCUGGGAUGUAUAGUCCUAGAUCCGAGCACGCAGUGGCAAAAGGGCGCAGAAGAACCACAAACCCCAGAAGCCCUCGCGCCCACUCUUCUCCCUCCCCUCCAGAAGUCGGAGUGCUGUUUUUGUUGUUGGUGAAAGGUGAGGGGAACAGCUGAUCCGUCUGUUGGUGUGUCUCCAGCUACCAAUACAAACAGAUGGAAGGAUGGAGGCUGAGGGGAGCAGAGAGAAAAUGAGGAGAGAAAUACUAAAGUGAAACUAGAGGACAGAUAUCUCAAGGCCAGGAUGGAAGAAUCACCACUAAGCCGGGCACCAUCCCGUGGUGGAGUCAACUUUCUCAAUGUAGCCCGGACCUACAUCCCCAACACCAAGGUGGAAUGUCACUACACCCUUCCCCCAGGCACCAUGCCCAGUGCCAGUGACUGGAUUGGCAUCUUCAAGGUGGAGGCUGCCUGUGUUCGGGAUUACCACACAUUUGUGUGGUCUUCCGUGCCUGAAAGUACAACUGAUGGUUCCCCCAUUCACACCAGUGUCCAGUUCCAAGCCAGCUACCUGCCCAAACCAGGAGCUCAGCUCUACCAGUUCCGAUAUGUGAACCGCCAGGGCCGGGUGUGUGGGCAGAGCCCCCCUUUCCAGUUCCGAGAGCCAAGGCCCAUGGAUGAACUGGUGACCCUGGAGGAGGCUGAUGGGGGCUCUGACAUCCUGCUGGUUGUCCCCAAGGCAACUGUGUUACAGAACCAGCUCGAUGAGAGCCAGCAAGAACGGAAUGACCUGAUGCAGCUGAAGCUGCAGCUGGAGGGACAGGUGACAGAGCUGAGGAGCCGAGUGCAGGAGCUCGAGAGGGCUCUGGCAACUGCCAGGCAGGAGCACACGGAGCUGAUGGAACAGUACAAGGGGAUUUCCCGGUCCCAUGGGGAGAUCACAGAAGAGAGGGACAUCCUGAGCCGGCAACAGGGAGACCAUGUGGCACGCAUCCUGGAGCUAGAGGAUGACAUCCAGACCAUCAGUGAGAAAGUGCUGACGAAGGAAGUGGAGCUGGACAGGCUUAGAGACACAGUGAAGGCCCUGACUCGGGAACAAGAGAAGCUCCUUGGGCAACUGAAAGAAGUACAAGCAGACAAGGAGCAAAGUGAGGCUGAGCUCCAAGUGGCACAACAGGAGAACCAUCACUUAAAUUUGGACCUGAAGGAGGCGAAGAGCUGGCAAGAGGAGCAGAGUGCUCAGGCUCAGCGACUGAAAGACAAGGUGGCCCAGAUGAAGGACACCCUAGGCCAGGCCCAGCAGCGGGUGGCCGAGCUGGAGCCCUUGAAGGAGCAGCUUCGAGGGGCCCAGGAGCUUGCAGCCUCAAGCCAGCAGAAAGCCACCCUUCUUGGGGAGGAGUUGGCCAGCGCAGCAGCAGCCAGGGACCGCACCAUAGCCGAACUACACCGCAGCCGCCUGGAAGUGGCUGAAGUUAACGGCAGGCUGGCUGAGCUCGGUUUGCACUUGAAGGAAGAAAAAUGCCAAUGGAGCAAGGAGCGGGCAGGGCUGCUGCAGAGUGUGGAGGCAGAGAAGGACAAGAUCCUGAAGCUGAGUGCAGAGAUACUUCGAUUGGAGAAGGCAGUUCAGGAGGAGAGGACCCAAAACCAAGUGUUCAAGACUGAGCUGGCCCGGGAGAAGGAUUCUAGCCUGGUACAGUUGUCGGAAAGUAAGCGGGAGCUGACAGAGCUGCGGUCAGCCCUGCGUGUGCUCCAGAAGGAAAAGGAGCAGUUACAGGAGGAGAAACAGGAAUUGCUAGAGUACAUGAGAAAGCUAGAGGCCCGCCUGGAGAAGGUGGCAGAUGAGAAGUGGAAUGAGGAUGCCACCACAGAGGAUGAGGAGGCCGCUGUGGGGCUGAGCUGCCCGGCAGCUCUGACAGACUCAGAGGACGAGUCCCCAGAAGAUAUGAGGCUCCCACCCUAUGGCCUUUGUGAGCGUGGAGACCCAGGCUCCUCUCCUGCUGGGCCUCGAGAGGCUUCUCCCCUUGUUGUCAUCAGCCAGCCGGCUCCCAUUUCUCCUCACCUCUCUGGGCCAGCUGAGGACAGUAGCUCUGACUCGGAGGCUGAAGAUGAGAAGUCAGUCCUGAUGGCAGCUGUGCAGAGUGGGGGUGAGGAGGCCAACUUACUGCUUCCUGAACUGGGCAGUGCCUUCUAUGACAUGGCCAGGUUCAAGGGGGCAGGCACAGGGAAGAGAGAUUUGAUCAUCUAGUCCCGGUUUUGCCUGGAUGUGAGAUGGGCUCAGGGCAGGGAGGGGGUGAUGCUGUCAUCCUUCUCGGCUGGAGCAGGAAGAUGAAGGACGAUGUCAGACUCAUUUUCAGCCUCAUUAGGCAGCAGACGGAGAUGGAGGGAGGAGAGCAGGAGGCUGGGGGAUGGGCUCUGCUCUGCAGAGACCAGCAGGGACUAAAGAAGAGAGGACAUGGGGAACUGGAAAAAUAAGCCUUCCAGGAUUGUGGGGAGAAAGACGCUGUGGGAGAGGCCAGGAUGCUGCAUUAGGCACAGGAUAACCUGGGAACCCAGGCACAUGGGUCCUGCUCUCCGAAGUCUGCAAGUCAAGAAGGGAACAGAGCACGCCGACCCUCUCCCUUUCCCCUCUGUCUCUCUUAGUGGCUUUACAGUGGGUCCCCUGUCAGAAACCAGCACUGGGGGCCCUGCCACCCCCACAUGGAAGGAGUGUCCUAUCUGUAAGGAGCGCUUUCCUGCUGAGAGUGACAAGGAUGCCCUGGAGGACCACAUGGAUGGACACUUCUUUUUCAGCACCCAGGACCCCUUCACCUUUGAGUGAUCUUACUCCCUCGUACAUGCACAAAUACACACUCAUGCACACACACACUCACACACAUGCAUACACUUAGGUUUCUUGCCCAUUUUCUAUCACACUGGGCUCCAUGAUAUUCUGUUCCCUAAGAACUGCUUCUGUGUGCCCUGUUUUCAUCCCAAGAUUUCUCACUUCAUCCUCUCCUACCUGGCUCUUUUGUCCCAGGGAGGGGUCCUGUUCGGAAGCAGUGGCUGAAUUUAUCCCCUGAAAGUGGUUUUGGAGGAACCGGGAUGGAGGAGGCCUUCCCCUGUGGGAAUAGAAUCGUCCACUCCUAGCCCUGGUUGCUUCUGAUACACAGCCACUGCACACACACACUCACACUCACACUCCCUUGGCUGAUGCCCCAAAGCCAAUUCCUGGGGCACCCUACCCUCUCUUAUUUGGAGUUUCCGUUUGUUUACCUGAGUUUUCUCUGGGGUCUGCACAGAGGCAGCAGCAUGGACAUCAUGGCCUCUCAGGUCCCUUUUGGUUCUUUCUCAGUUUCAUUGGUUCCUCUUUCUGUUCCCCCAUUGACUUCUGUGCCCCACCCCAGCCUUUUCCAUAACCUUAGGUAUUCAGUUUGGAGGGGUUUUUUGCAUUUUUGAGGAUUCCUGUAUUCUGUAUCCUCUCCUCGCAUCUCCUCACAUGGAAAGAAAUAAUGUAUUUGUGCCUUCUGUGAGGGAUGGGGGGAACAAGUGGUCCCAGGUAUCCCCAUUUCCAAGCCCCCCCUCCCUCUCCAGGUCCCCCCACAGCAAUAAAAGCUUCCCCCUGAUAUCCAUCCCUUUGUAGUUUGAACAAAUAUAUUUAUAUGAUAUGUA